UUUCAGCUGCCUGGGUUGCAGUCUGGUGAGAGAAAUCAUGGAGAGGACUUUGGUGCAAAUCGCCCUCUUUGGGCUGCUGCUGGCUUUGGUUACCACACUACCAAAUAAGGACGACUGGGACAUCUACAGCUUUCACAUCAACUCCACAGUGACCAGUCGUUAUGCCACCACUGUCAUCACAAGCCGUGUGGCCAAUCGUAUGGACGAGUCAAAGGAAAUAGAAUUCCACGUCCGGAUUCCUAAGAACGCCUUCAUCAGUAAAUUCAAAAUGCUUAUAGAUGGCCAGGAGUACGAUGGGGUUGUGAAAGCUAAGGAGCAAGCUCAGCAGCAGUACACUGAGGCUGUGUCCCGCGGCCAAAGCGCUGGGAUUGUCAGUUCUGUAGGAAGGACCCUCGAGGAAUUUAAGACCUCCGUGACUGUGGCUGCUCACAAAAAGGUCACCUUUGAACUCACAUAUGAGGAACUGCUGAAACGCAAGCUCGGCAAGUACGAACUACAAAUCCACGCUCGACCCAUGCAGCCUGUCAAAGACUUCAAGGUUGAUGUGUACAUUCAUGAGAAAGCCGGCAUCAAUUUCAUUGAGGUUAAAGGAGGACUAAGCACCAAAGCCCUCGCUAAUGCCAUCACCAAAACACAUGCAGACAAACAGGCAUGGGUGCAUUUCUAUCCGACAGAGGACCAACAGAAAACAUGUGACAGCUGUGGAGAUCAGGGUAUGAAUGGAGAUCUGGUUAUUGUUUAUGAUGUCAACAGGGACACCUCACUUGGAGACAUUAAGAGAUCAGCUGGGUACUUUGUGCAUCACUUUGCUCCAUCUAGUCUUCCCCGCAUACCAAAAAAUGUUGUUUUUGUUAUUGAUCAAAGUGGCUCCAUGUACGGCAGAAAAAUACACCAGACCCGAAUAGCUUUAAUCCAUAUCUUGAAUGACCUGGCAGAAGAUGACUUCUUCGGUCUCUUCACUUUUGAUAGCAGCAUUUUUCACUGGAAACGAGAACUUGUUCAGGCCAACAAAGAAAACCUGGACAGUGCUAAGAAAUUUGCACAGGAUAUUGAAACUAGAGGAGCCACCGACAUUAACAGAGCAGUGUUGGAAGGAGCACGUAUGCUGAAUGCACAUCCCAGAGAAGGUUCAGCAUCUAUCCUUAUACUACUCACCGACGGAGACCCAACC